UGCUUCAGCUUUACUGGUAUUAGCGCAACGCAUAGUCGCAAUCACUUUUGAAACUACAAAACUUUAUUUGCUGUUUAUAUUUGACUUUGGUAUCUUUAAAAAUGUCUGGAAGAAACUAUGCUGAAGAUAUUGAAACUUUUAAAAACUUCAUCUCGGAAUUUUGUUCAACAAAUAGUGAAGGAAAUAAAACCUUUCCUUAUGCAGCCCAAAUGACUCGUUUAGCGCAUCGUGAGCAAAUCAACAUUACGAUUGAUCUUGAUGACCUUGCAAGCUACGACGAAUCAUUAGCAGAAGCAAUUCAACAGAACACUCGACGCUAUGUUAAUUUCUUCUCAAAUGCUAUCCAAGAAAUGCUCCCAAACUACAAACAGCGUGAUGUUGUUGCCAAAGACUCUCUGGAUGUUUACAUUGAGCAUCGUUUACUAAUGCAGGCUCGUACUAGAAAUCCAAUGAACCAGCAUGAUCCCAACAAUCAAUUUCCGGCUGAAUUAAUGCGUCGGUUUGAAGUAUCCUUCAAAACAACCAACAUCACUAAAGCUCUCUCAGUACGUGAGAUAAAAGCAGAGCAUAUAGGAAAGCUUAUGGUAGUUCGAGGCAUUGUUACUCGAUGUACUGAAGUUAAACCAAUGAUGGUUGUUGCAACAUACACAUGUGACCGUUGUGGUGCUGAAACUUAUCAACCAGUUAACUCCAUGAACUUUCUACCAGUUUCCGACUGUCCAUCUGAAGAUUGUCGUGUCAAUAAAGCUGGUGGUCGUUUAAAUUUACAGACCCGUGGAAGUAAAUUUAUAAAGUUCCAAGAAAUCAAAAUUCAAGAACAUAGCGAUCAAGUACCGGUCGGUCACAUUCCUCGAACACUGUCAAUAUUGUGUCGUGGUGAACAAACCCGAUUAACUCAACCAGGCGAUCACGUUCUCAUCACUGGUGUUUUCUUGCCAAAGCAACGCCAUGGUUACCAUCAAAUGCAAAGUGGAUUGUUAAGUGAAACAUUUAUGGAAGCUCAUCGCAUUGUUUCACUUAACAAAUCAGAUGAGCAUGAAUCACUUUCUAAUGAUUUAACACAAGAUGAAAUUCAGGAGCUGUCAAAAGGAGAUUUUUAUACACGAAUUGCAAGCAGCUUAGCUCCUGAAAUUUAUGGACAUUUAGAUAUUAAGAAAGUUCUCUUAUUACUCCUAAUCGGUGGUGUUGACAAAAGUCCUGAUGGUAUGAAAAUUCGUGGAAACAUUAACGUCUGCUUGAUGGGUGAUCCUGGAGUUGCGAAAUCUCAGCUUUUACGAUAUAUCAGUCGUUUAGCUACGAGAUCACAAUAUACAACGGGACGUGGAUCAUCAGGUGUUGGUCUCACAGCUGCUGUCAUGAAAGAUCCACAUACUGGUGAAAUGACACUGGAAGGCGGUGCUUUGGUGCUUGCAGAUCAAGGAGUUUGUUGCAUUGAUGAAUUUGAUAAAAUGAUGGAAACAGAUCGAACUGCGAUUCAUGAAGUUAUGGAACAACAAACCAUAUCGAUUGCAAAAGCUGGAAUCAUGACAUGUCUGAAUGCUCGAGUUUCAAUUUUAGCAGCUGCCAACCCAGCUUUUGGAAGAUACAACAUCAAGCGAUCAAUCGAGCAAAAUAUUCAAUUGCCAGCUGCUUUAUUGUCUAGAUUUGAUUUGUUGUGGUUGAUUCAAGAUAGACCUGAUCGUGAGAAUGAUUUAAGACUCGCUCACCAUAUUACUUUUGUUCAUAGUCACGGUACGCAACCGCAAACAAAUAUUGAAUCUUUAGACAUGAAUCUGAUUCGAAGAUACAUUGGAUUGUGCAAAAGAAAAAGUCCAACAAUUCCACUUGAACUAACUGAAUAUAUUGUCAAUGCUUAUGUUGAAUUAAGACGAGAAGCAAGAAACAAUCGCGACAUGACAUUCACUUCUGCUCGAAAUUUGCUUGGAAUUUUGCGCUUAUCUACAGCAUUAGCUCGCUUACGUUUAGCUAAUAAUGUAGAAAAAAGUGAUGUCGCAGAAGCUCUGCGUUUGCUUGAGAUGUCUAAAGACUCGCUGAAUCAAACUAAUGAUCAACGUCAAAUCAAUAAUAUUCACAACACGUCUGAUCGUAUUUUCGUAAUCAUUCGUGAAUUGGCAGGAAAUCAAAAAACUGUCAAAAUCUCUGAUGUCAUGGAUCGUUGCACAACAAAAGGAUUUAAACCAGAUGAAGUUGACAGUUGCAUUGAACAAUAUGAAGAGUUAAAUGUUUGGCAGAUUAACCAGACCCGGUCUAAAAUCACUUUCAUUUAAUUUAUUUUCAAAUAUUAUUUUUAACUACAAUUUACUUGUUUUUCUAUGCUUAAAAAUUAAUUAAGUGGCUGAUUGCCUAAACUCAAGUUAAGUUAAAAAAGUGUUCCUCGAUUGGACACGAUUUUAAGGUUUUCCGCAAUUGGUCAUUCAUCCAAAAUAUUGCAGUUUUUCUUUUAUUUUAAAUAUUGGAAAUUUUUUCAAGUUAACAUUUUAUCUGAUUAUUGGAAAAUAAAAUAAAAAUGAACACUUUGAAACCUUGGCCAAUA